GCCGCGGGCGAGCGCGUCUCGUGAGGCGCCCGGAAGGGAAGAAGUGUCCCUCCUCCCUGCGGGGCCUUGGUGACUCUAGAAGGAUCUGCUGACCCAGCAGCAAAGUCAGCUUGUCACUUAGCGCCUGCAAUCUGGGCUCAAGAGUAAAGAAAGCAAACUAAUCCAGGGAAAAGACUUACUAGACAAAAAAAUGUCAGGAGACAUAGAAAGGAAGAAUGAAGUCAUUCCUACAAAAGCUGCGGUCAAAGAAGAUACAUCUUCAUUGACUGAUGUUGUAGAGCAAGUCGCAAAGCAACAGCUAUCACAAACAUCAGAAAUAGAAAAACAUAAGAAAGUUCUCUUCCAGUUGCAGAUGGAACUUCAUGAUCUUGAAAAACAAAUAGCGACUACUGCUGAAGAAGCUAAAGAAACAGACAGGCAAAUGCAUCAGCAAGAUGCUGCCAUGGAGAAUUCUAAACUUCAGUGUGGACUCUUGGAAGCUCAAAUUGAGUCCUUAUAUUCAGAAAGCUUAAAACUUAAAUUUGAUACAGAAACAGCCCAAGAAAAAUUUGAGGAGCAAAUGAUGAAAUAUAAUUCAUAUUAUGUAAAAAUAAAAGCUUUUAAAGAUAAUUUAGGAGAGAUAAAAAGCCAAUGUUCCUUUAUGACUGAACUCUGUGAAAAACGAGAUCUCAUCAAAAACCUAAAGACAAUGAAAGAAGAUCUUAUGGAAAAUCUCCAAAAUUCACAAGGGAACUGCACACUACGAAUACAGGAAGACAUUUCAGAGCUAAAGAAUAAACUUAUGACAGUAAAAGAGUCAAUCAUUGAGAAAACAUCUUUUCUUGAAGAAGAGAAAAAGACACAUGAAAAAUUAAGAAAAGAAAUAGAGGUACAGCAUAAGAGAUAUGCCGCAAUUCUUAAGCGCUUGCGCUGUCAGGUGCACAGGACUCAGUUAAAUAGGAGGAAAUGGCAGUGGAGCAUCCAACACCUGGAAAAAACUGCAGCUGAGUUAAAAACGCGAAUCAGGGAGAAGGAAAGCAGUGGAACACAGAACAGGCCAGCAGCAUUGUGGGAGAGAAUACUGUGAAGAUCCUCUGGACUCUUAACAGCCAGCACACAGCAUCGGAGCCCUAUCUCAAUGACAGUCAUUUUUCUUUGUCUUCCUCCUCUUCCUCCUUUUUCUAUGUUGAAUUGGUUGUUUAUUGGUUAAAGUGCCUUCCUGUCUAUAGAGCACAGCAUAAGGUAGACAGUAGCAGUGUUUGCAGGAAGCUAGCAGAAAAGUAUAUGUGCAUAUUCCAAAGGUGCACUCCUGAAUGCUUGUUUGUAACUGUUGAAGUCACUGGCUUACAAGUUAAAAAUUUAGAGGAAACAAUUGGAUUUUUAAUGACUUAAGUUGCUAAGAUAAAUAGUUGUCUGUUUAAGAUUUUUUCUACAACUGUCUUCAAAGUAGCCCUUAAAUAUUAAUAUUCAUGAUAAUGCCAUUAUCUGUUCUAUUGUUUCCUCUUUUCUCCAGGAGGUAGCAAUCAUUUUCCUUUGUUAUUAAAUAACAUAUAUUAGAGUGUUACAGUACAUAAGAUUGGUGUUUACUCUUCAGUCUAUAAAUUCUUUAUUCCUAUAUUGUGACUAAAAUAAAGUUAUAGCAUCGUACUAGGCAGGCAAACAACAAAACUCUUCAAAGAGGUAUUUUUCCACACUGAAAGGCAAUUGUUUUGUCAAUGGCAAUAAAUUGAAUGUAAAACACCUCUGAAGAUAAGAUUGCUCUCUUUCAUGCUCUGUUGAUCAUAACUACAGAAAAGCAAAACUGUAAUUAUUAAAGACAUGGUUUUAAAGUAUUCACUUGUAGUAUUAAAGACUUUCAAAGAAGCAA